AUGUCAGCUGCCGAGCUAGAGAAGUUGAAAGAGCAGUUGGAAGACUUGUUGGAAAAGAGAUUCGUGAGACCGAGCGUAUCGCCGUGGGGUGCGCCUGUUCUGUUAUUGAAGAAGAAGGAUGGUAGCAUGCGUCUGUGCAUUGACUAUC